AUGCAUAAAGAUGAGCAGGUUAAAGAGAACCCUAACAUUUCCUAUCAAUCCCUUAAAGCUAACUUUCCGUCUUGGUUGAACCAACAUGUUACUCCCCCACACGUGUAUGAUGUUCCUGAGAAGGAGGAAGGGGAAGUCAAUGAUCCUGUGUAUGCAAGUGAGGCAUUUCAGCAAGAAGAGAGUGGUGUUGGCAAUGUGAUUCAAGUGCAGGACACGGAGUUGGAUGACCUGAAUCGUGCAAACGAGGCUCCCACAAUGUUCAAAAUGCCACCGAGGCCUGAAAAGAAAGCCAGGACUGGGAAGCAGCCGAUGACGGUCAGUGAACGAGUGACCAGAUCCCAUCCAGCAAGGAGUGUAGAGAAUGCAGGGAGCUCGUACAUGGGUCCACUGAGGUCUCCGAUAAAAAAAUGCAGGUCUCCGAGGGGUAAAGGGAGGUCUAAGAGGGGUGAAGGGGUGUCUCCUAUGGAUGGAGGGAGGUCUCCGAGGGGUGAAGGGGUAUCUCUGAGGGGUGAAGACCGGGUGUCUCCGAGGGUUACAAGGAGGACUACUGAACCUAUAGAGGAGAUUGACGAGAAUGCAGAUAAUACUGCCAAAUCCAUGCCUGAACAACCGGAAAAGACAGAAGUUGGUGUCGUUGCUCGUAUGAUGGCUCCCAUAAGGAAGUACUAUUGGAAUGAGUUAGAUGAUGAAGUCAAACACCCUAUGUUUGUAAAACUAGAGAGCGAGUUUGUAUUUGCCUUAGCUACUGAAGAGGUGAGGAAGGCUUUAGAUAAGAAACUCCACAAACACUUCUUGAACUACAAGUACACCUGUCAUAAACACUACAAGGAACAGGAAGACCUGGCCAAAGCUCGUUUGAACCGUCCAGAAGGAGUGAAACAGGAAGACUGGGAGGCCCUUUGUGAGCACUGUGAGAGUGAUCGAUUCAAGGGGUGGAGCACAAAUAACAUACAAAACAAGGCUAAGCAGCAGUAUGCUCAAACUAGUGGGGAAAAAUCCACGACUAGAGAGUAUGACCAGGAUGCUGAGGAUAAUGAUGCGGUGCCCGUUGACAUUGAGUUGUAUGCCAACACACACAAGAAGGCAAGUGAUGGUACUUGGGUGAGCGAGGAACCGAAAGCAAAUUAUGUAAGCCCUUCUGCUCCUCUUAUAUUGUGUACCUAG